AUGAAUGACGAAGAAAUUUUUAAUCCUAAUCAACAAUUUCGUCCAAUACGAAAAAGACGUUUUGCUGCAUGUUGUUUUACAUUCAGCCUGUUAAUAACUCCUAUUAUAUGUGCAGUUGUUAUAUAUUUAACAAGCUAUCAAGUUGCAUCAGAUUUGAAAUAUGAUGCAUUAUGGUUUCCAUCAACUGGUAGUGAAUCAUGCAUUCGUCUAAUCGAUAUUAAUGGAGAUGGACUUGAUGAUGUUAUUGUUGCUUUAACUGAAGUAACAACAAUCACAAAUAAUAAAAACCAUGACAAGGACCGUGCAUCAUUUUGUAAAUCAAUAAAUGUAGAAGAGCCCUGUAGUGGUACUGUAUAUGGUAUACGUGGUUAUGAUUUUACUAUACUAUGGUCAUUUCGAGUUAAAGGAUCUAUAUUCGAAAUGGUGUGUGAUGCUAUCGAUAUUAAUAACGAUGGUCGUCGAGAUUGUAUUGGUGCUGGACGACAAGGUACUUUAGUUGCAUUUGAUCCUCGUAGUGGUAAAGUAUUUUGGCACAAUAGUCAAACAAAAUCAAAACAUCCGUUAUGGAAUUUUUAUAAUCCUCUUAUUCUUCCAAUUGAUAUUGAUCAUGAUAAUACUAAUGACUUUCUUAUUUCACAUGGUGGUAAUCCAACAAUACGAGCGGAUAUACAUGAACGUGAUGCUGGUUGUUUAUUAAUUAUUUCAAGUCGUACUGGAAAUCAAAUAGGUGAACCAUUUUGGAUGCCAGAUGGAAAAGAAACAUAUAUGUCACCAGUUUUAUAUAGUAAUUCGACAAUACUUUUUGGUACAGGUGGUGAAACAAUAUCAGGUGGAUUAUAUGCGAUAUCAAUAGAUAAUAUAAUAAAACAAAACAAUUAUUAUGUAACAAUUUUUAAAUCAUUUGAAAAAGGUGUUAUGGUACCACCGAUUGUUCUUGAUAUUGAUCAAGAUGGAAUUGAUGAUAUACUUGUAAGUUGUUUUGAUGGAACAUUAGAAUUAAUUAAUGGAAAAACAAUGAAACCAUUAUGGACAAGAAUUUUCUCUGGAUAUGAAUUUUAUGCUUCACCAGCACCAGGUGAUUUUAAUAGUGAUUUAUUUGUCGAUUUUAUGAUCAUACUUAAUCAUGGUAAAUGGGAUCGAUAUGAUUAUAGUGAAGUAUUAAUUAUUGAUGGUUUGACAGGUGAAACCAUUUGGACACAAAAUAAUACAUUUGGAGAGUUUUCAUCUCCAUUAACUUUACAAAUGAUAAAAAAUGGAAAAUAUCAAGAUAGUUUUAUUUAUCGACAACGUGGUCAAACAUUUGAAAAAAUUCAUUCAAAUAAAUCAUCUAUUUUAUUUCAUGGAAUUGGACUUCAAGAUGGAGAAAUUUACAAAGAUGAAAAUUUAAUCUCAUUGAAUACAAAGUAUUCUUGUGAUCAAUUUCCAUUAAAUGGUUCAAUUGUGAAUAUAUAUUUAGCAAAUAUUGAAGAAACUCGUUUAAUAGCUUUAAUAUAUCCUCCUAUGAAUAAGGAGAAUAAUCUUUGUAGUGAUUAUGAACCUAUGGAACGAUCUGGAGGUGCUAUUGGUGAUCUUAAUGGUGAUGGUGUUUUCGAUUUAAUUGAUAUAACAACAUUCAUUACAAAAUUAACAUCACAUAAUUUAGAAAAUUUUAUUGCACAUUCAAUUUUAACAAGAUUUUCAUUGAAUAUAAACAAAAUUGAACAUCAAAUAGUAGCAAGUUAUGAAAAAGAUAUUUUUAAUAAAACAAUUAAUCAAAAUCUUAUUAAUUUACUAAAAGAAAAAAUUUCAUUUUCAACAAAAUCUAUUAAUAAUAAAAAUUUAUAUAUUAUUUCAAAACAAACAUGGAAUAGUUAUUUAGGUCGAUUUUCAAAUAGUCAUUACUAUCGAAAUGUUUAA